AUGGCCCAUGCCCGGAUCUCCAUGUACCUGCCCCCCGACAUCAACCCCGCCCAGGCCGCCAUUGCCUAUGGCUGUCGGGCCCUGCCGAAGCUGAACGAGGAGCUGCAGUCGGAGGACCUCCUGACGAGGCAGAAAGCCCUCAUGGCUUUGUGUGACCUCAUGCACGACCCUGAGCAUGUCUACGUGGCCAUUGACAUAGGCUGCCUGGAGAGCCUGAAAGCUUUGCUGAAGGAUAGCAAUGACAUGGUGCGGAUAAAGACCACCGAGGUGCUCUACAUCAUGGCGACCCAUAACGUGGGCAGAGAGGGCUUUUUAAAGCACGAUGUCAUCCCUGCCUUGUCCUACCUGCUGAACGACCCUCAGCCAGCCUGUCGAGAGAACUUGCACCUGGCGUUGAAGCACGUGGCCCAGCUCCCCUCAG